CACACGAAGAGCCACAGCAGCCAUGCAUAUAUACCUAUGUGGAUGUAGUUAAAAGCAAGCACGACUUGGGUACGGUACCGGCACUCGUGGGCGCGUGGUGUUGUGCUCAGAGAGCAGCAGCUGAAGAAGUAGAAGCAGGAGCAAAGCAGCAAAGGGGAGGGGGAGGAUGAGGGAGUCUCUGAUUCUAUAUGUAGUCCCGAAUCUUAGCCGGACCAAUUAUUACGCCCGAAACACUCGAGGUGUAUGUACCCUCCUCAAGGGUUCUUCGAGAGUCCUUCCGAAGUGUUCCGAUCGAAACUUACAAUUAAGUUCAUCUCGACAACUUGGUAACCGGUACCUUAUUCAACGUUAACCUCAUUCUUAUAAUUAGUUCUGUCGCGAAGAAGCUCAGAAAACAGUUUACGAAGUGGUGAUCACAAAUUACAAGUGAGUUGUUGCAGUGCUGACAAUUGGGCCUGUGUGCGUGCUGGCAUGACACGUGUGGUUUGAGAAAAAAAAUAUUAAUCGGGCAGAAGAAUUCAUCAUCAAGAUGCCGAGGGCAUUUCUUAUCACCCACCGCCGGUACAAUGGCACUGAGGAGCUUCAGGAAACUGUUAGAGAAUACAGUCCCGAGCGCGGACUUAGGGUUGCGGAAUACGGAGGCGGUCAGCCGACCUCGGACGGCGCCAGCGAGUGUGGUAGCGAGACCUCGUCAGAAUGCCCGGAAGAGCUUUACAACCUGACGACGUUGGCGGAAGUCAGUCUGGCCGCUGCUGCCGGAACCUUGAUCCAUCCAAACAGAAUCCUUUACGAACGGUCCUUAUCACCCAGCUACACGCAAGUCGUUGAAAAAGGUAGACGUUCCCGGUCACCCUCGAAACAACAGUAUCACCCAAUCAGAGAGACACUCGAGGUCCUGAGGACGAGCGAGGAGGAGGAGGAGCAGAGCUUGCGGGAAAGAACGAGGCUCUUCUUCGAGAGAAUAGAGACCGAACGAGAGAUCCUCGAACGAGGAACAAAAAGAACUUCCCCCGACCUCCUGGAUAUACGAAUCCCAGCGAAGAAUUCUCACUACCCAGUUUGUCGCGAAGAAAAUGUUAAUUUCUCAGCUUCAUCAAGACACUCUUGUGGGUCCGACUUUCAUGUUGCACCAUCUUCUAUUACUUCAACAAAUCUACCCAGAAGGGCGACUUCCGUUCAUUCGGAAACUUCAAAAAGUGAAGAAAGUGAAGACCACGAGUGUCGUGACUGUGGGAAAAAGUAUUCAACUUCAUCGAAUCUGGCGAGGCACAGGCAGACACAUCGGUCACUUGGAGAUAAAAAAGCUAGGAGAUGUCCGCAUUGCGACAAGGUUUAUGUCAGUAUUCCAGCCUUCAGCAUGCACGUCCGCACCCAUAACCAAGGGUGCAAAUGCCACUAUUGUGGUAAAUGCUUCUCCAGGCCCUGGCUACUUUCGGGACAUAUUCGCACCCACACAGGUGAGAAGCCCUUCAAAUGCACAAUCUGCAACAAGGCGUUUGCUGACAAAUCGAAUCUGCGGGCCCACAUUCAAACCCACUCGAACACAAAACCCCACGUCUGUGGUCGUUGCGGAAAGGCCUUUGCCCUAAAAUCCUAUCUCUACAAACACGAAGAAUCUUCCUGUAUGCGCUCUCAUAAUCGAGCCUCCUCGGAAAAGCGAGAUGGUCCAGAUCCUCAAAACCCCAUUACGACAAAAUCGACACCAUCGACAACGAAUUCAUCGCCACCUCCCUCGAUUCACAACAUAAUUAUGUCGCCUUGCUUAACUGCAUCACCGACCAGCGUCAUAGUUCCUCGUCUACAGGGACUGGCGAACGAUCAGAGAAGUUCAUCUGCCUUCUCUGCCAUAAUCAGGCAUACGCAAACUCAGAUACCCAUUGCUGCUGAGUCUUUAAGAUCCUCGUCGCCUAAGCGUUUCUGUCGAGGAAGAACUCCGGAAGUCCUGGAUCGCAAAGCUGAGAAGUCUGACUAUCUGUCCAGGAUGGUCAUUCGUACUUCAGUCAUUUCCCCGAAUCCGGAACAUCUUGGGCGAUUUUCCAAUGAAAAGAAAUCUCCCUCUUUUGAUUAUACUGACCCCUCCAGGAUUUCAGCCUUCUCAAGAUCGACGACAAUGGCUUUGAAUCUGGCUAUUGCUUGAAAAACAUUAAGAUUUUCAGCAUAAAAACUAUUCUUUAAAAGAAUUUUAAUUUCUUACCAUUCUAAGUCCUCGAAACAAUAAUAAAAUUCGGAUUACUUAUUAGUUUCUAGAAGAUCAUACGUUGCUUAUUCAAGAAAGGUAUUUGGGUUUCGAUUACCUAAUCCUCUGCAGCAUUAGUGAGAUUUAUAUUUUGUGAUUAUAGACACCAGUUCGCAAAAAGAUGUUUAUUCUCCGAUUUUUUUUAUUUCAUUGUUUCAGGUUUUGCUGGUUUUCCUGGUUUUCCUGCUUUUUUUGGUUUCCUAAUACCUGCUGAAUUCGUUUGAAUUUGUCUGAAUAAUCAAAAAUGAGUAUAUAUUGUCACCGCUGUGCCAAAACGAGAUUAUUCCAAGUAUCUUCCUAAUAGGGACCACUUAGCAGAUAGAUUUUUAGGAAUAAUGAUAUCUUUAAAGUUUUGAAUGUGCCUUAAUAUAAAGUGUUUUCACACGGAAAGUAAUCCUUAAUUAUAUAAUGUCCUAAAUGGAUAAAAUUGUGAAUGAAUGAGAAAAUGAGUGUUAACUUUGUACUUAAUUUUCAUUAGCCGAAAAAAUAUGUUGUAAAAAGUUAUUAGUUGAGAUGAUUCCAAAGUAUAUAAUACUAUUUAAUAGUCGAAUGAUUGGAAAUUUGUUCUACAGAAACAGGAUAUUUUCUUGCUUUUCAUUAUCCUGCUAUUGUUGUAAUUUUAGCACAGCAAAGUAUGUUAUCUUUUAUUAAAUCCUAUUUUUGCAAAUGAAAAUUAAAGGAUAUUUUAUUUAAAAAAAUGAAUUUACGAAUGAUAUCAGUUGAAACUUUAUUCGGAUAUUUGCCCUUUUCUGGCAGCUGUGAGUGGUUGUAAUUAAAAUAUUUUUUUAAGUAACUAGUCGUUUUAAUAUUAAAUAAAGCAUCGAGGUGUGAAAUUCGUGACUUCGCGAAUAAUAGUACGCCCUCCUCGGGGACAUAUGCAAUACUUAAUAUUUAUUAACGCUCUGUUACCCAACGUUGGUAACGGACAGAGUGUAAACUAGUCGUUCCGUCUUGCGAUCGCCAGAGCAAAUUUUCGCUUUUGAUUUAAAACUAACAAAUUCAAACCUUAUUACGAAUUUUAAUAUAGAGUUAAGAUUGUAAAUGAAACAGAAAUUAAUUUCAUUUGGGCGCGAAAGUUAGACUUUUUAGAGUUUUAUAUCUCUGAGAGUCGAGCAUAGAUCGCAAGACAAAGGUGUAAUAUAUAUUUCGUAAAUUGAUAUAACAAGCCUAAUUUUAAUUAUCUGUCUUAAAAAUACGUUUGAACGAUCCGGUAGAUAUGUUAGAAGAAGCUAAUAGUCAUAAAUUAAAAGCAAUAUAAAUGAUUUUUUGGUAAAUAAACUGAAAAUUAUAGUACAUUCUAAUCGAAAUGAUUAUACACUGCGAGUGUACUUAAACAUAUUUUGCAUUCUAGUAAAACGUGUGCAAACUUAUACACAGGUUUUGUGAUCUCUGUUGUUAUAAAAUUAAAAAAGAGCUUAGUUGUUAAAAGUUUGUUCAAGUGAAGUUAUAUUUAGUUCCAUGGAUGAUAAGUAAAUUAUUCAAUAUUCAUUGAAAUUUAUUCACGUUGACUGAACAUUUUUUGGAGUGAAAUUAUAAUUUAUGGUCUGAAUGAAUGUAAAAAAUAUGUGUCUAAAACAUGAUGUAAAUAGCAUUCCCAUCCGAAGUUAACUCUUAAAAAGUAACAUUGUGUAGGAUAGUCAGUUAGAAUCGUGUAGAAUAUAGUUUAUAUUUCAUAGUCGUUUAUACACCAGAGUGCCUGUAGACAUAUUUGUUCAUUUUUUUACGAAUUGUGAAAACUUUGUUAGUAAUAUGAG